AUGGCUGUGAAGAACCAUGCCAACGGCGCCGGUCGUCUCCGGGUCGCCAUCAUCGGCGGUGGCCCAGGAGGGUUAGGUGCAGCCAUUGCACUCGCCAAGCUUCCCUUCGUGGACUGGACUUUGUAUGAGAAGAAGCCCGAGAUCAGUGAGACCGGGGGUGGUAUCAGCCUGCAACUGCAUACUUGGAAAAUGCUUGAGUGGAAUGGAGCGGCCAAGAACAUCCAGCCCAAUGACUUCUUCAGGGCACCGUCAGGCAUUAGCGGACAAUACCGCAACGGGAGGACCGGUGAACUGCUAGACCAGAGCCUUCAUCCAGCAGACACUCCCAAGAGCCAACUCAGCUGUCGGCAGAGGCGAGCAAAGUUGCAGGCCGCCCUCCUCAAGGAGGUUGACCAGUCCCGGAUCCAACUUUCCAAGAAGUUGGUGGACAUCGAGAAGCUUCCCAGUGGAAGAGUUCUCAUCCGUUUCGAAGAUGGACACACCGACGAAGUUGACCUCCUUGUAGCUGCGGACGGCAUCCGAUCUGUUGUCCGUUCCUUCACAUUCCCCUCUCACAAAAUCAAAUACAAUGGACAAUCCGCAUAUCGCACCAUCGUCAGCAAGUCGGAUGUCAAAGCUCUGGGUACCAUCCCCGAGUCCUCAGUGUUUUGGCAGAACCUCGGCGGAAGAUACGUCUUCACGAGCCCACUUGGUGAUGACGACUUUGAGGUCACGGCACGCAUCAGCCGACCCUCCGAGGGCCAAGAGCACGUCAGCUGGGGUCGGCCAUUCGACUUUAACACACUCGUCCACGAGUAUGACGAGUUCUGUGAGCCUGUGCGACAGGUUGUUCAAUUGGCGGCUAAGCAAGGAGAGACUCAGGAGUUUGCGCUCUUCUCAGGACCACGGCUAGAGAGUGUGGUUGCUCUGGACUCCGUGGCCCUCAUCGGAGACGCAUCCCAUCCUCUAUCGGGAGCCUUCGGUGCGGGUGCUGGAUUUGCACUUGAGGACGUGUACGCGCUGUCCAAGACGCUUGAAUGGGCGUGGAAGCGAGGCAGGGGUAUCAAGGUUGCCCUGGAGCUAUACGACAAGAUCCGCUCGCCGCACUACGGGGAACUAUACGACGUUCUGGACUGGUACGCUGGCAUAAACAAGGAGAUUGCGGCCGAGGGGUUGUCCGUGGACAGGGAGAUUGAGGAGAGGGUCAAGAGAACCAAGGGCAAAAAGUCAAAUUGGAUGUAUCACUAUGACAUUCAGAAGGAGGUUGAUGAAGCUUUGCUGGGAUUAGAAGGUUAG